AUGGCGGCCAAGGAGGCGCCUGGACAGGCGGCGGUGGCGGCGGCGGCUGCGGCCGAGCGCUCGGAGCAACAGCCGCCGCCGCAGCAGCAGCAGCAGCAGCAGCAGGAGGCCACGGUGCUGAUGUCGUGCCGGGUGUGCGGCGGGCCGGGCCCCGGGGCUCUGGGAGACGGGGAGCAGCCGCUGUUCCUGCUGCUCAGCAUGGAGCGGCCCGGGGAGUUCAGGCUCCGGGUCAACCUCAGGCACAGCCGCCUGACCAAGAGCCUGAGCCUGUAUGAUUUUAAUUUGAAGGACAUCACGUAUGCGAUCAAGAGCCCAAGCUGCCACAGUUUCAGUUCUCGGGGACAGCCCUCUGAUCAGCUGGUCUUCCACUUCGAGGACCCCAGCGAGGCACAGAAGUGGUCCACUAUCAUCACCAGCUCACUCAGGGAGAUCCAGAAAGCAAAUUGUGCAGCGCUUCCAGCAAACUCACCAGGAGUGGUGACGAAUGCGGUCCGACCAGCGACCGACCCUCCCCAGCCCUGGACGGACCUGCCCAAACCUUCAGGGGACCUCAGCAGAACAGAGGACCUCAUCCUUAGACUGGCCAAAGCCAUUGAGACAGGAGACCUGCUGUCCACGGCCGAGUCCGCCAAAGCUCUCGCUCAGCAGAAGGUGUCGCUCAGUAUCCGGUUGAAGGAAACUGCAUACCUGACACAACAGAUCAGUAUGAAAGUUGGGGUAGAAGACUCCACUUCAUCAGCCACUAUCAUCAUGAAGGUCUUCCCCUAUGCCACUAUCAACACAUUAAAGCAACAGAUUUUCCGGGACUAUGGCUUCCACCCGAGUGUGCAGCGCUGGAUUAUUGGCCAGUGCCUGGCGGUGGACGAACGCACGAUCAGCUCUUACGGGGUGAAGAAAGAUGGUGACCCAGCGUUCCUCUACCUGCUGUCGGCCAAGCUGGCCAGCCUGUCUCGCCGGCAGUAUGAGGAAGAGCAGGCACUGGCCAUCAUUUCACACGGCGAGGCGCUGCCUGAUCUCCCCAGGCGGCUGAGCCUCAAUGAAGAGAGACAGAAAUACAGCACUCUACCCCCCAGGCCGUCCUCAAAUAAAGGUCGGAUGCUUUCAAAGGACAGGGAAGGAAGGAUGGACAUCACCAACAUCUCACAGUAUCUGAAACUGGAGUUAAAGUCCUUACCACAACUGCAGCCUUCACAAGAUAGCCAGCCCCCAACUACCAUGUCCACAUCCCCGCAGAAUGGCUGGUCCUGUAGAGAAUGUACGUACAUUAACAAGCCCACCCGGCCCGGCUGUGAGAUGUGUAGCAGCCCCCGACCCCCGGAAUACUCCGUACCUCAACAAUACUCCCCCGACGACGCAGAGAUGUGUCGAAUCCUGCAAGAGAAAGAGGCGAUGCUGCAAUAUCACCAGGAAUUGGAGCAGGAGCGGCUGCAGAAUUACCAGCACCUGCUGCGGAUGGACAACCAAGACUUGGUGCCCAACAGGGAGCCCAUUGAGUGUCGCAUUUGUCUGACGGAUGUGAUGCCGGAGGCUGGCGUUGUGCUGCGUGACUGCCUGCACAGCUUCUGCAAGGAGUGUCUGUCCCAGCUUAUCCAGACGUGUCUGGAGCCCACAGUGCCCUGCCCUUAUCGGGAUGAAACGUACGCCUGCGACAGCAAACUCCAGGAGCGAGAGAUCCGGGCGCUGGUGUCCCUGGAGGAGUUUUGCCGGUUCCUGGAGCGCAGUGUGACCAUGGCAGAGAGAAGCAGUGAGAACAGCUAUCACUGCCAGACUGUGGACUGCCGUGGCUGGUGUUUCUAUGAGGACACAGUCAAUGAGUUUCUCUGUCCUCUCUGUCGGAGACUCAACUGCCUGCUCUGCAAGGCCAUCCACGCGGGAAUGAACUGUAAACAAUAUCAGGACGAUCUGCGGAGCCGAGCGCAGAGCGACUCAGCCGCUCUCCAGACCACAGAGAUGCUCAAGACGCUGGUGAGGACAGGACAGGCGAUGCACUGUCCAACGUGCAACAUUAUUGUCCAGAAGAAGGACGGUUGCGAUUGGCUGCGCUGCACUGUCUGCCACACUGAGAUCUGUUGGGUCACUAAAGGCCAUCGAUGGGGCCCGAAGGGUCCUGGCGACACAGACGGUGGCUGCCGGUGUCUGGUGAACGGCAAGCGCUGUCACCCCUCAUGCCAAAAUUGCCAUUGAGCUGCCUGUGGUGCCUGCGGACCGGUCAGUGUGGCUCCAGUAACGGUAGGACUAGUGACCGGCGGCACAGCGGAGGACGGUCGGGUGCCGGGAACCUGGGUACGUCCGAGCACCUCGGCUGUUCAUUCACCAUGUACGGCAGAGCAACAGCCAGUGACCAGUCUAUCACUGCAGUGACCAGUCUAUCACUGUAGGCUGAUGACUGACGCCUUCGCCCUCCAGUGACAACUGCUGUAUACCCAAAGCUUGAUUUGCUGUCUCUGAGCCUAUCUCCACAGUUUCACCUCGAGCCAUACCUCUUUCUCCUUGGGUGCCCGUACAACCUGAUACAACCGUACAACUUUCAGCCACUACGCCCCGGACUUCUGGAAUCCUCUUCCUGUAUCCCUCCGCUUCGCCCCACUCCUUCCCCAUCUUCAGGUCGGGACUGAAGACCUCAUUCUUUGACUGUGCCUAGGGUCACCACCCCACUCCCCGGCAUCGUGCUCUGCCGCUUUGAAGGGCUCUGGGACGCUAACCUGCAUGAGGGGCGCUAUAUAAAUGCAAGUUGUUGUUGAUUUCUGAGGACAGUCCCCAGAUGAGGUUUACAGAAUAGGGUCACCCUUCCUCUCGCCCCCUCUCCCCACCACCCGCCCGCACCACCCCCCCACUCAGAGACCUGAGAAUUAUUAACUAGGAUUUGCCUGACGCUGUGUGAGAGUGAGUGUGUGUGUGUUUGCAGCUUGUGUCUGUGGUUCACAAGCGCCAAAUAAAAUGUAUUUUCUUGU